AUGGAGCGAUCUGUGGAAGACGAGGAGAAGAAUACUCAGCCUGCGACGGUAAUUAAAUCGUUAUCGCCGGUGCCAACCCCGCCGUUGCACCCGUCGAAAAAUGCCUUCGAGCGGUUCAAUGCCCGCCUAGGCCAGCUGGAUUUCUUCGAGUCGCGCGGUAUCGAGCGUGUCCCGCUCGAUGAACGCAAGCCCAGGGUUACGUCGGCGGACUAUAUGCAGAUGGCUCUGAUGUGGUUCAGUGUUAACAUUACGGCGAACAAUAUGGCCGUCGGUAUGCUCGGUCCGUCGAACUACGGGCUGGGAUUUGUCGACUCGGCUCUUUGUGCCACGUUCGGCGCUCUGUUGGGUGCAGCAGGUGUUGCUUAUAUGGGGACGUUUGGCCCAGCUAGUGGGAACAGAACUAUGGUUGUGGCUCGGUAUUUCAUGGGAUACUACCCCAGCAAGAUAUGCGCUCUGUUAAACAUUGUCAUCAUGCUGGGAUACGGUAUGGUCGACAGCAUCGUGGGUGGACAAGUCCUGUCCGCCGUGGCUGGAAACCACAUGACCGUGUCUGUAGGCGUGGUUAUCAUCGUGAUAGUCACUUGGAUCGUGGUCCUGUUUGGCAUGCGGCUAUUCCAUAUCUACGAGCGAUGGGCCUGGAUCCCUCAGCUCAUCGCCGCCUUUGUCCUUAUUGGUAGCGCUGGCCCCAAGUUUGACACCUCAACCGUAUCUACGGGUUCGCCGCAAACAGUCGCCGGAAAUCGCCUCUCCUUCUUCUCGCUCUGCCUAUCCUCGUCCGUCGCCUGGGCUCCCGCCGGUGCGGACUUCUAUAAGUGGAAAACUUUCAUUAUGACCUUCCUCGGUGUUGGGCUGGCCUUGACCUUUGCCAACUUGAUUGGUGUCGGCCUCGGCUCGGGCGUGGCGACUCAUCCCGAUUGGGAAGCCGCCGACAGCGUCUCCUCAGGUUCUUUGAUCCUCGCCGGCUACAACGGACUCGGCGGCUUCGGCAAGUUCCUGGGCGUCCUAGUUUCCCUGGGUCAGAUCGCCAACAACGUCGCGGGAACUUACUCCGCCUCCUUGGGAUUCCAGAUGUUGGGCCGCUACCCGGCCAAGCUUCCCCGGUGGGUCUGGACCUGCGUCGGCGUCAUCAUCUACUUUGUCUGCGCGUUGGCUGGUCGGAAUAACCUAUCCGACAUUUUUGAGAAUUGGCUCGCUCUAAUGGGCUACUGGGUUUGCAUCUACCUUGUAAUUGCUCUGGAGGAACAUUUUAUCUUCCGUCCAUCGAGAGGCUUUGAUUGGGAGGCUUGGGCCGAUCGCUCGAAAUUACCUCUUGGUCUCGCUGCAAUGGCAGCCUUUUUGAUCGGUUGGGCUGGUUCAAUUAUUUCCAUGAACGAGGUAUACUUCGCCGGUCCAAUUGCCAAGAUGGUUGGCGACAGUGGCUCGGAUCUCGGCAUUUGGGUUGGUUCGUCGUGGGCCAUGUUGGCAUAUCCGGGACUGCGAUGGCUGGAGCUAAAGAAGUUCAAUCGUUAA